GCCCAUGUCCUUGUCCAAUGAAGAGAGACAUUUUGGGUUAUGUAAUAUAACAUUAGUUAACGUGUUACAUAACUUGAGAUUUAAUUAGUUAAGAGUACUUUGUAAUUAGGUAGUCACCUUAUACAAUUUGCAAAGGUCUUCGUAAUUGUAAAUAAGGAACAUUUGACUAAAGGCAACAGUUCCAACUGUGGCUUUAGAUUAUUCAGAGUCAGUAGUCUUGGUUCAGAGGUUCUGCUAUGACAUUUGCGGAAAAGAUGGACAGUCUGUGAAAAUAUUGAUUGAUGAUGAAAUUUAUUUUAUCCACUCAUAACCACAGCCCACAACAAAGACACACCGAAUCAACUUCCAUCUCUUUCAUUUCCUGUUCCACAGGAAAUUGCCUCAGAGGAAGCUGAUAGCUCACUGCUCACCGCUGUAAUGUUAUCUCUCUUCUAGCUCUCUUUCAUUAAAAAAAAAAACGGCAGCAUCUUGUGCACUGACAAACGUACUUAUUUGCCAGAACCAUAAACAAUAUGCAUCUGACCUCAAAGGAGGUGACGUUUCCAUAAAUAUUACUGACAUUUAAGUUCAUACUUUAUGGAAACGAAUGCUCUAAUCUCACUAAAGCUCUUAUUUUCCUUGUUUUCUAUGUCGAACGUUUCUAAAUCCUACCUCUGAAGGAUACACACUGCACAAAGGCAUUUAUAUCUAACAAAAAUGAUUCAUUUCUCCUAGAGGGCGAGAUGAGCUUAUCCACUUCAAUCAGGUCUUGGACGAGCUGACAUUUCCUAAUGGAAGAGCCAUCCCCUCAAAAGCCAAUAUGAGUGAUAGCCUACCCUGUGUUGGAGAGUGGCCCUUCUCAACGUCAUUCGUCACAGUAUAUAAUCCCAGCUCUGAUACUGACGGGGGAGGAGUGUCAGGUAGUGUGUGGCACAUGCAAAGUGCUCCUUGUGAUCUCCAAGGAACAGCUUGAAGAAAAAUCGUCUGAGACAAAAGUACCUUUGCCAUAGGAAAUGCAGGGAAAGAAGACUUCUCAAGAAACACUAACCAUGUCCUCUGAACUACAAGCCAAUGCGAAGGGGCCGCAGACAGCCCCUAAAUCACCAAUUGGGCUGCUUAGGAAGAGAGGUCAAGAUGUAAUUCCGAAGAUGCAACCUGCUAUGAUGAUGUUCUCCAGCAAAUACUGGGCUCGGCGAGGACUAUCUUUGGAUUCAGCAAUGUAUGACCAACAACAUCUUGCAACCUCAAUGCUCCGCAGGACAUCCUUUAAUCGGAUAGAUGAAAGACCUGACAAAGAGGAACAGAAAUCCACCUAUGACCUUGGGAAAUUAGCAGUGAUUUUCUCUCUGAAGAAUGAAGUGGGCUGCCUGGUGAAAGCGCUAAGACUCUUCCAGGAGAAACAAGUGAAUUUGGCCCAUAUUGAGUCUCGCAGAUCCAAGAGAGUCCCCAAUGAGGUGGAGAUAUAUGCAGAGUGCAACUGCUCAAAAAAAGAGUUCAAUGAGCUGGUGCAGCACCUGAAAGACCACGUCAACAUUGUCUCGUAUAACACACCCCAACAAGUGUGGUCUGCGGAGACUGACUGUUUGGACUGUGUGUGUGUUUUGGGAGGAUUGGCAGAUGGGGAAGGAAUACCAUGGUUUCCCCAAAAGAUCUCAGAGCUGGACCAAUGUUCACAUAGAGUGUUAAUGUAUGGCUCAGAACUGGAUGCUGACCAUCCGGGAUUCAAAGACAAGGUGUAUCGACAGAGGAGGAAGUACUUUGUGGAGGUUGCAAUGAACUAUAAAUUUGGCCAGCCUAUCCCACGAAUAGAGUACACACCAGAGGAAGUGAGGACAUGGGGAGUCGUUUUCAGAGAACUUACAAAACUCUAUCCAACUCACGCCUGCCGCGAGUACUUGAAAAACCUCCCUCUUCUCACAAAGCAUUGUGGGUACAGAGAGGACAACAUUCCACAGCUGGAAGAUGUGUCUCUGUUCUUACGAGAGAGGUCAGGGUUUACCGUACGGCCUGUGGCUGGAUAUCUGUCACCACGAGACUUCCUGGCCGGCCUGGCUUAUCGAGUGUUUAACUGCACUCAGUAUAUACGUCACAGCACAGACCCGCUCUACACACCAGAACCAGACACCUGUCAUGAACUUCUGGGUCAUGUACCACUCCUGGCUGAUCCCAAGUUUGCUCAGUUUUCUCAGGAGAUUGGCCUUGCAUCUCUAGGCUCUUCAGAUGAGGAUGUGCAGAAGCUGGCAACAUGCUAUUUCUUCACAAUUGAGUUUGGGCUGUGCAAACAGGAUGGCCAGUUAAGGGCAUACGGAGCAGGUCUACUGUCUUCUAUUGGAGAGUUAAGGCAUGCGCUUUCUGAAAAAGCAAAAGUGAAGAUGUUUGAUCCCAAAACCACAUGCUACCAGGAGUGCCUCAUUACAACAUUUCAAGACGUUUAUUUUGUCUCUGAGAGUUUUGAAGAGGCAAAAGAGAAAAUGAGGGAAUUUGCUAAAACAAUAAAGAGGCCUUUUUCGGUCUACUACAACCCAUACACCCAGAGCAUUGAUUUAUUGAAGGACACCAGGAGCAUCGAGAACGUGGUUCAAGAUCUACGCAGCGACCUGACCACUGUCUGUGAUGCCUUGGGGAAAAUGAACACUUACCUUGGUAUCUAGACAAACAUUGUCACCAGUGCUUCGUUGUAGAAUUAUACAAAUACAAAUGAUUUACAUGAUUAAAUUCAGUUUACAUUAAUACUGUAACAUUUGCAGUGAUGUUGAUUUAUCUGGGCUACACAUCCAUUGGUCUUGCCUUGUCACAAAUUAAAGGAAUAAGUUCAUUUAAAAAUGAAAAUUCGGUCAUCAUUUACUCACCCUCAAGUUGUUUCAAACCUG